GACACCAGCCUCGGAGUCUAUUACAUUACUCAAUUCAUCGAGCAGCAGUGCAGCGGUAACAGCAGAUCCAUGGCCAUGGAGAGGUUCUUGACGGCACUUGUCUUCUGCGAGGCGCCCCUGGACGGCUACGGCACAUCGGUGACGGCCACACGCACGAUCACCAAGCUUGUCUCCGGCGGCAGCGCGGCUAAACCGGCGACGGCUAAGAAGGCGGGCGCUGAGAAGGAGCAGGGAUUUUUCUCCGGCAAGCCGACGGCGCCGCAGCGGCGUGCUGGGUUUGAGCUGGCGUUCGACGGCAUCAACUGCUUCGACACCGUCGUCAUGCACUGAGCUCGCUAUUUCUUGAUUAUGAGCUGUAUAGGAGACUUCUAUCAAUUAGCUAUAAUGUAGACACAUACAUACUUGUGAUGAUUUUGUUCAUUCGAUUGUUCUACUUAAUUUUUUUUUAGAAUCGAUGCACACAGUCAUUUAUUAAAUAAAACGUCGAUGCCAAGUACUUAUUACAUAAAGAUAGACUGGUAGCCGAA